UGCACCGUGCUGCUGAGAGCUGAGCACCAGUGAGGCAAGCAAAGUGAUCAGAUGCUCCCAUCAAGGAGGACGCAGAUGGACAGCUUAGUACAGCCUCUCGUUGCCCAGUAUCUCGCCAUGGGCUGUCAAUCAAAAGACAACAACAAAAGUGCAAGUAUACCUGCGGACGACAAGAGCAAAGACGAUGUGAAAAUGACUCCAGGAUGUGGCUCCAGGUCUCGAGUUUCCCCUCCUGGACGUCCUCAAAGGUUCCACAAGCCCAUUCUGGUUCCGACCCCCACAAGUAAACCCAUGGCAUCCCUAGGUCACCUCACCAAAGGGGCCAGCUGGGAGGAACUCAUCCAAGCGUGUUUGCAGGUCUUUGAUUCGGAUGGCUGUGUAUGCGAGCGCAGCCACUUGUUGAACAUCACCCUGACCAUGCAUCGUCUCCUAAUGUCCUCCAGUGAUCUUCUGGAUAAACUCACCGCUCUAUUUAAAACGGCCAUGGACAACGAGCAGCCAGAAGAGUGCCAAAGGAUAUGCUACCUCAUCAGGCAUUGGAUUCAGGAAUUCUGGAUGAUGUUCAGGUUGCACCACAGCUUGUCAGACAGCUUGGACCAACUCCGGGAUCUGAUCAUGGAGCAUGGACAGGAGCAUCUUUGCUCUCUUCUAGAGACCAAAUGGAUAAAUGAACGGGACUGGUCAUGGAAGGCCAGCCAGAAGAUCAAAGCUAACAGCAGCAAAAAGAGAAAAGUCUCUCUUCUUUUUGACCACUUGGAGCCCAUUGAACUGGCCGAGCAUCUCACCUUCCUGGAGUUUAAAUCAUUCUGCAGAAUAUCAUUUGUAGACUAUCAGAAAUACAUUCGCAACUGCUGCAUGAAGGACAUCCCCUUGAUGGAACGUUCCAUCGCCCUGUGUAACGGUGUCUCCCAGUGGGUUCAGCUGAUGGUGCUGAGCAGGCCGACUGCUCAGUUGAGAGCUGAGGUUUUCACCAAGUUCAUCCACGUGGCACAGGUUUUACACCUCAUGCACAACUACAACACGCUAAUGGCAGUGGUUGGAGGGCUUUGUCACAGCUCCAUAUCAAGACUGAAGGACACCACCUCCCAUGUACCCAAUGAAGUCAUCAAGGUGUUAAAUGAAAUUACAGACCUGCUGUCCUCCUGUCGAAACUUUGAUAACUACAGACAAGCAUUCAACAGGUGUGCAGGUUUUAAAAUCCCCAUCCUUGGGGUUCACCUCAAAGACCUAAUUUCAGUCAACGAGGCAAUGCCGGACUAUGUGGAGGACAAUAAAGUCAACAUCCAGAAGCUCCAGGCGCUCUACAGCCACAUUAACGAGCUGAUCCAGCUCCAGCAGAUCCCCCCUAAGCUGGACGCCAACAAAGACCUCGUCCAUCUGCUGACGCUGUCCUUGGACCUUUACUACACCGAGGAUGAAAUCUAUGAACUCUCCUAUGCUCGGGAGCCCAGACACUGUAAAACCACUCCAGCCACCCCCUCUAGACCUCCAGUGGUUGUGGACUGGGUAUCAGGAGUUGCUCCCAAACCUGACCCCCGAACCAUCAGCAAACACGUGCAGAGGAUGGUGGAUUCCGUGUUUAAGAACUACGAUCACCACGAGAACGGCUUUAUUUCUCAAGAGGACUUUGAGAAAAUUGCUGCCAGUUUCCCCUUCUCCUUCUGUGUCAUGGACAAAGAUAAAAAGGGUCUUGUCAGUAGAGAUGAGAUCACAGCUUAUUUCAUGCGUGCCAGUGUCAUCUGCUCCAAACUGGGCCUUGGCUUUGUCCACAACUUUCAGGAGACGACGUACAUGAAGCCCACCUUCUGCGACAAUUGCUCAGGAUUUCUGUGGGGCGUCAUCAAGCAAGGCUACAGAUGCAAAGACUGCGGGAUGAAUUGUCACAAGCUGUGCAAGGACCAGGUGGCUUUUGAGUGCAAGAAGAACACUAAAGUGAACAAUAACACCACUGACAGUCCCACGCCUUGUUCCACAAAUGUGACCACGGGAACUUCUGAGGGUUCAGACGAAUGUCCUUUCCAGUUGUCUGAUGACAGCAAAGAGUGGAGCCCGGACUCUCCAAUCACCUCGCAUUUUGGGAUAAACAGGGUCCACAGCGCCACCCAGACAGAGGGUCCACCGCUGUCCCCUGAAGCCACUUGGCCUCAUCCGUCCCUUCUUGUCCUGGCGCCCCCAACUUCGCCGACAUGUCCCAGCCCACUGCUCCAGAGGAAACAGCGACACUGUGCCAAGUGGGAGAACCGAGCUUCUGUUGUGCAGAAGCCCAGAGAACCCGAAGAAGAAUACAAUCAACCAGUCAGCGAAACCCUUCAAUCAGAGAACCAGAGGCUCCAGAAAGCCAACGAGACACUACACAGGAAAUUAAAUAAGGCAGAGCAAGAGGUGGAGGUGUUAAAGACGCUGCUGAAGAGGCACACGCUUCAUCCUGUGGAAGAGGACGACGACUCCUAGAUAGAUCAAG